AUGGUGCUGCUCGGAUCUAUAAGAGACUUGAAGAAUCCUGUAUUAGCUUCUUUAAGGAAACUCCUGAUGAUCAAACGUGAAAACCAAAUUACUUUACAGAAGACUGGUUUUACCUCUUCUUCUUUCUCUCCAAAAUUGCCUCUGGUUCCCAUUGUCCAGCCCCCCAAAGGAGUUGUGUUGCCCUACAAGAUAUUGUUCAAAAUUAGUUCUAUGGUUCAGCAUGGAUGCAUACCUUGGCUAGCAUUAAAUGUCUACUUUUUCCGAUUAGUUGAUCCUCAAAGGAGAAAUAUUGCUUGCAUUGAGCAGUAUGAUGAGUAUCUCAGACCUCAUCCAAAUGAAUGUUCUGGGAGUGAUCUGGAUGGGGAUAUCUACUUUGUUUGCUGGGAUCAAGACCUGAGUCCCCCAAGGCAAGUCCAGGCGAUGGAUUAUAGUCCAGCACCCAGCACAGAGUUGGAUCAUGAUGUCACAAUUGAGGAUAACAGAAACUAUAUUGUGAAUGACAGCUUGGGAAUCGUAGCAAAUGCACACGUCGUAGUUGCAGACAGAGAACCUGAACUGGCCAUGAGUGAUCCAUGCAAAGAACUUGCUCAGCUCUUUUCAAUUGCAGUUGACUUUCCAAAGACUGGUGUUCCUGCUGAAGUACCAUCUCGGUUGCGCCCUAAAGAAUACCUAGACUUCAUGGAAAAGCCAGACAAGCAAAUGUAUUACUCGGAAAGAGUUAUUGGCAAGCUUUUCAGGAAAGUGAAGGAUAAAGCACCGCAGUCUAGCUCUAUCGCGACCUUCACAAGGGAUGUUGCCAGCCGAUCAUAUGACGCUGAUUUGGAAGUUGAUGGAUUUGAAGAUUACAUCGACGAAGCUUUUGAUUACAAAACUGAAUAUGACAACAAGCUUGGUAAUUUGAUGGACUACUAUGGCAUAAAAAGGGAGGCUGAAAUACUUAGUGGUGGCAUCAUGAAGGCAUCAAAAACUUUUGACCGCAGAAGAGAUGCAGAGGCCAUUGGUGUUGCUGUGAGGUCUUUGAGGAAGGAGGCGAGGACGUGUUUCAAGAGGCAUAGUGAUAUAGAUGACAUGUUAGCAAAGGCUUCCGCUUGGUAUCACGUUAUAUAUCAUCCUAGAUAUUGGGGUUGCAACAAUCAGGGGUUGAAAAGAGAUCAUUUCAUUAGCUUUCCCUGGCGUGUUUAUGACCAGCUGAUCCAGAUUAAGAAAGAGAAAGCACGUAACAGGCCGGUUCUCCAUUUGUCAUCUCUCGGGCAUCAGCUGAGUCGCAUGGAGUUGAUAUAAGGUUUGCAAGUAAGCGUUAAGCUGAUCUAUAUAAUGUAAGAAAUGUAAGAGAAUUGCUAUGAUUGAUAUAAUGUAAGGACCUACUUUAAAUUAUGCCUAUUUGCCUAAAAACUUAGAUCACUCUGUCAAUAUUGUUUUGUGACUAUUGUGCGUGAAUUGGAAAAACUCUUGUUCUGAAAUUCACCAAGAAUGUAUAUUGUGGUGGUGUAACUUGGUUGACUUCGUUGUAAAUCUGAUGUUUGUGCUACUUAAAGUUGAGAAA